AAUACUAUCGUCGACUUAGCAUGAAGUCACUAUUUUACACGAAGUCGCGGAAAUUUUGAUCUCAGCUGCUCCACAUGUUUCUUAAACUAAUAGAAUAACUUGAUACAAGUGUUAGAACUUUCGGCCUUGUACGUAUGUUGACUCGUGCUUUGGGAAUUGCAUAUGUAAUGGAUAUUAUAUACUUGUAUAAGUAUAUGAAUCCAUGUACAAAUGUACGGCUGGUGUGGAUAGCUUAACCGCAAUACGGGCCAUCCUGCGUCAGUAGAUCACGAUGAAUGCUUCACGUUGGCUGUACGCUUUCCGCUGUCACAUUAGAAUGCCAAGAAAAACGUGAGGUCUUCGAUAAGCCUGUUACUUACACCUGAAAUUCUUCAGAUGUAAUGAAUUAUUCGAUCCUGAGAACCAAGGAUGUCAAAACGGCUCAGCUUCUAUGGUCUGGUAGGCCUGGCGUCCCUUUGCAUCUUCUUCUUAGCAUUUAAUCAACGCUACAGCAGCUAUCUCGAGCAUCGACUGCAGCCGGUGAUAUCGGUCAGUAAAAAAUCGGAGGAUGUUGAGAUAAGGCCCCACAUCAUCAGAAUUCAAGAUCCAGUAACGGCAUAUUUUAGAGGAUCCUUAGAAAAUAUCACACUGUCUGAAAUACAAGAAGUUGUGGAUCAACAGAGAAAUGCGAUUGAAAAGGAGAUGGAAGAUUAUAAAUAUCCAAAUGGAAAAUACGGAGUGAAUGUUAGUAAAUUGGAGGAUUUAGUGUUAGAAAAAGGAGGGAGACCAAUGAGAAGCAUAAUUCUGACAAGCUGGCGAAGCGGAAGUACAUUUCUUGGCGAUGUCGUAAACGCACAUCCAGCAAAUUUUUAUCAUUACGAACCUCUGCUUGAUUUUGGAAUUGUACAAAUUAGAGGUCCACCGCUCGCUGACAAAGCUCUUAAAAACCUUGAGUCUCUGCUAAGAUGCGAUUACUUUAAUCUUGAUCGUUAUUUGGAUUAUGGUAAAACUCAUUCCUGGGUCUUCAAUCACAAUAAUCGUUUAUGGAAGCAGUGUCAAAUACAUAAAAAGAUCUGUUGGGAUCCACGUUUCGUUUCGAAAUUUUGCAAACUGUUUCCUUUUCAAUCAAUGAAGAUCGUUCGGUUGAGACUAAGAGCCGCGGAAAAGCUUCUCAAGCAAGAAGAUUUAGGAGUACGAUUAGUUUUAUUGAUCCGUGAUCCAAGAGGAAUUUUACAAUCAAGGAAACAUCGGGAAUGGUGUCCUACUAACCCGGAUUGUUCGGAUCCAGCGUUAGUAUGUGCUGACAUGGUCUCAGAUUUCAGUGCUGCCGUGCGGUUAAUAAAAAAAUAUCCACAUACUUUUAGGGUGGUACGUUACGAGGAUUUAUCCGUCGAUCCUUACAAACACGUGAAAGAACUGUACAAUUUUUAUGGUUUAGAUUUUCAUAUUAAUGUAAAAAAAUUUUUGGACACUCAUACAAAAAACGACGUCGGUGGCGUGUCUAGUACCUUUAGAAAUUCAAAGGUAGCCCCCUUUCAUUGGCGUGCGGAUCUUGAUUUUGAAGAAGUCGACGAGAUACAAAGGGUUUGCGCAGCUGCUAUGCGUCUAUGGGGAUACGUAAUGGCGUCGAAUUCUAGUCAUCAAAAGGAGUUCGAUCCGCUGACGGAAUAUCAAUUAAAAUUGUGACACGUGUCGUAGCACUAACUGUGUAGUGUCUCGACGUAAAUGUAGAUUAAUUCCUAGCUUACCUGCACAGAUACUGAACUUAUCACAAGUGCCCUAAAUUCAUAUUGAAAUGGUGGUGCUGAAAAGCUGACUAUGCCCUUAAAAACUUUCACUAUCAGUUUAUUUCGCUGGUACGAUGAAAGAUGAUCAUUAAUAUAGUAAAUUAAUUUGGACCUUAUAAGACCAAUGGUACACUUGUUCCUUAAAGAAUUUAAGAGACAUAUAAGUGCUCUUCGAGCUUGUUGCAUAACGAAGGAACACUUUUAGCUAGGAUUUUAGAUGAGAGUGUUAGGCGCAAAACAUUAAACCGAGUUCCUAAGAUCCUAGCGUGCAACAAGGAAACAUUCAUAUCAGUGUAAACAUUAAACGAAUCUAAUUGAUAGUCUUUUUUUAGGAUUCAGAGUUUAACAAUGAGGUCUUGGUAUAAUUGUAAUUGAGAGAAUUUUUCACUGAAUUAGGGGAACGAAAAUAUUUGCUAAAAUAUUAUUUUUCACUGGGUAUACGAAAGUUCUGUUUCUUUCAACGAACAAAUUGAGAUCUAUAUGAUAUCUAUAUGCAUAAUGCAUAUGAUCAUAAUUUUAAUUGUAAUAUAUUUGUACAAAUAUGAACAAAUGUUACAAACAAAUUAAUAUUAAUGUUUAAUUCGUACUUGUUAUCAGUGUUUUUAUUAGACAUAAAAAUGGUUACUGUUUUUUUUUUUUUUAGAGAAGCAUGUUUAAUCGAGUUUCGUACCAAACUGAAUUAAUUAGAAUAAAUUUGUAAAUGGUAGGGAUUGUUCGAUUGAUUAAUGAUAAUUAUGUCUGGGUAGUUUCCUUGCAACCGGCCUUGAAAGCCAAAAGUUAGAAUGUUAAAUUAUAUCGGCAAUAUUUCUUUUUUGGAGGAACAUUAAUGAAAGUAAAAUGCUUAACUCAAUAAAAAAGUAACGUUUUUAUUCUAAUUAUUUGAAGUACUUCAUUAACUGUAAAUUUAUUCAGUGAAUGUACUGUAUGCUUACUCGUAUAAAACUUUUAAUAAAUUUGUACAUUAUAUUUAUAGCACA